CGGAGUUUCAAAACGCGACGAGGAUCAUGUCGAUAAGCCUGCCGAAAUUUUACGCAUUCGCUCUCUGCUGCUGGUUGGGAACGACUCUGGCAGCCGAGACCAACAACACCGGCCCCGAGCAGUACCUGGACUUUCGCAUAAUCGGCGGCGACGAGGCCGAGCCCCGGCAGUUCAAGUACCACGUCUACCUGGAGACCGGCUGGGGCUUCUACCUGUGCGGCGGCGGCAUAAUCGGCGAUCGGUACGUCCUCACGGCGGCGCACUGCGUUAUCGACACGCGCACCGAUCGCUUUUACGAUCACCCGCUAAGAAUAGUGGCCGGUACCGAUACUCGACUCAACGCAAGCAGCAACGAUCAUCAUUAUUCGAGCAACGGGGCUGUCGUGCUGGCCGUCGAGCAGGCCUACGUGCCCUACAUGUACAGGUCGAGCGACAUCGGCGACAUAGCGCUGUUGAAGCUAAACGGCUCGCUGGGCCUGGCCACGAAUCCGAAUCUGCGCGCCCUCGAGCUGCCGCGCGACCAGCUGCUCACCUACGACGACGAGGAGGUGCUGAUCAGCGGCUUCGGCAUCACCUGGCUCAAGUACUACAUGGCCCCGAGUAGUAGUUCCGCCGACGGUACAGCUGCGCCGGGUCAUCAGAGCCCGGCGGUGGUGGACGGCGAGCUGAGCGCGCGACUGCGCUACGCCCGGGCCGACGUGAUACCGACCCAGGCCUGCCGCAAGAUCUACAAGAGACGCCAGCCGGUCUACUACGUGCAGAUCUGCACGAGGCUGAGGCAGCGCGAGUACAGCCGGCCCGAGGGCGUCUGCGUGGGCGACAGCGGCGGCCCGGUGGUGCACAACAAUCGUACGAUCGUCGGCGUGGUGAGCCGCGGUCCGCUGUCGUGCUCGGAGCUCGUCGUGCCGGCGCGCCACACCCGAGUCUCGCCCUUCGUGCGCUUCAUCGAUCACGCCGUGCACGGCACCCACGACCCGGACAUGAUGGCACGAGUACACAAUUUUCUGUAG